AUGAGCAAAAGGUAUUCUGAGCCUUUAAUUGGACGCAAUGGCAAAGAGGCUACCACCCUUGACGCUUUAAUAGGUCGCAGCUAUACAGGCUAUGCUCCAGAAGAGAGCAUUACGGCCAUUGCCGUCAUUGAUAUUCCCGAGACUGAGAAAGAAAUCCAGGAGUUUUACGAGGAAUUUGUCAUUCCUCGCAGACCGUGCAAAAUCAAUGGUGUAGUGAAUCCAGAGGUGUUUCUAAGCCAACUAACGCCCGAAAAGAUGGCGACAACGCUGGAUGCUGAUGAGGUCGUACAGGUGGAACGUAAAGUCGACGGUGGUUUUGGAAGUGGCGAGAAGCGACUCAAGAUGAAGUUCGGUGACCUGUUGCAAGAAAUGGAACGGGGCAAUACCAAUUUAUACCUGACAACCCAAUAUGCGGAAGACGACCCAGAGCUAUCAGACCAAGCUCGUGAAAAUGAGAGCGAAAAACAUUCGAGUGAAGAACAUUCGAGCGAAGAAGAAUCAAAAGAGGAGGAUGAUCCCGCAAUUCAAGGGUUUGGCGGAUCUGGAACGUUCUCUGAUAACGAUUCACUAAACUUUGAUGACCUCCACGAUGACUUCUCAGAUAGUGAGUCUGGGGAUCAUUCCGUGGAACUUGAAACUUUGGGUCAUGAACUAGAAACGGGUCCUAUGAGGAUGGGAGAGGCACAGGAAAGAAUACGUGAACUUUAUCAACCGCCAAUCACCAGUCUAGUGAAAACAAUCCCCGAACUGCCCCGUUUUCUGGACAAACUACUCCCACAACAGAUAAACCUAUGGGUUGGCUGUGUAUCAGGCACAGUGUCAAAUUUUGACGAGCUUUUCAAGAAAUUAGAUAACAAGGACGCUAAACUAGGAUUAGGGCGCCUGAUGCCGGACGGUGGCUCUUCAUCGGGUCUUCAUCACGAUCACGCCGACAACCUUUACGUGCCUAUUGCUGGACGUAAGCGCUUUACAUUGUUUUCGCCCAAAGAUGCAGUAAAGAUGUAUACCAUUGGUGACAUACGUGAAGUCUUCUGCUCAGGACUUAUCGAUUACCAUCGCAACAAAAACGCGCCCUUCUGGCGAAAAUUAAGGGACGAUGGGGCGCUCGUUGCCGAGGUUGCUCGACACGUUUUAAAGCACAAUAAUAAUUUGAGCAGCCAAGAAAAGCAAGAAUUAGAGAGGACCAUAGAGCUUGACGACGAAUUCGUGGAAAUAGACGGCUCUGUUGACCCGCCGUCGUUCUCGAAAAUACCGCCUGCGGUUCUACUUUUAGACAAGAUUUCCGAUAGACAACUAAGGGAGGAAGUGUCCUCUGCUGUACACGAAAAAUGGCCGCUCUUGGGUAAGGCCAACAGAAUUGUGGUAAAUCUCGAGCCUGGGGAAAUGUUGUAUCUGCCAACGGGAUGGUUUCACGAGGUUAGCUCUUUCGGAGAGAAAAAUCCAAAGGUGGCUACAGACAAACUUCAUGUCGCUGUCAACUAUUGGUUUAUCCCACCGAACGGACGAGACACAUCAUGCCUUUAUUCGCACCCAGACAGGUACUGGCCACUUGACUACGAAAGAACAAAAGCUGCUCUCAAGCACGAAAGAAAUGACAAAGAAACCGACAUAUAA